AUGUUUCCUAUGAUCAAUGAUAUCUACAAUCAUUAUGAAUUUGAUAGAACAGUACUAAACAAAACUCUUGUGGAGUUGAAAUUGAGGGGCUUACAUGUCAAAACUCCUUUUUCCUCUGUUCAUCUUACCUCGCUUCAAAUCCUGCAUUUGGAAGCUGUUAUUUUCUCAGAGUAUAGACUUCUUGGGGAGCUUCUUUUUGGCUACCCAAAUCUUGAGGAUUUGACAAUCACGCUGCCACAUUUUUUAAGCAAUAAGAUUGAACCAGAGUUUAAACAACUGCCCAAGUUGGUCAGAGCCGUUAUAGAUAAACAUGACUUUCCAUUGGAAUUUGUCAACAGUGUUCAGUUCCUGCGCAUAAAUUGGAUGGAUGAUGGUGGAGAAGGCAUUGAAAGCUGGAUUCCUGAAUUUCACAAUUUAUCCCAUAUUGAAUUACACUAUGUGGAUUUUACUGAUGAGAACAGGCUGCAGCAAUAUUCAGCCCAUUUCUCAUUAGCCGAAUCCACCUUUUAGGAUGGAAGGAGAAGAGAUUGGCAAAAUCCACUAUGUGUUCCUAAAUGCAUCUCAUCGAACCUUAAGCAUGUCGUAUUAAUGGGAAUGGUGGCACUGAGAGAGAGUUGGAAUUUGCAAAAUAUAUCAUGCAGAAUGCAAGACUGUUUACAGGACAUGGCAAUCAGCUUUUGCACCACGGCAGAAGAUUAGCAAAAGCUUCACAUGAUAAAACAGUUAUCAUUGUGCACAAGGCUUUCUUCAACUUGUCAACUUUCGUUAAAUUGAUAAAAAGAUUUGAGUGGCUGGUUGCAAGUAGUUCUGGUUCUGUGAUGUUUCCAAUUAAUAGGUUGAUGUUCUGAUUGUCAUGUAAAGCUUGAAGCCUUAAAACAGUUAUCUAUUCAAUUCUUAAGAUCCCCAAUGUUUGUG